CAUUCCAAAGCCAGCCGUCAAACCGUCAACGCAAGUCAUCCGUCAAAUUCUAUAGUGCUUGUAGAUAUUUUUGCUUUUCCGCCAAAGUACAGAGUCAUUCUAGAUUUGCCAAAAUGGCAGAGGGCCAAGAAGAACCUAAAAAAAUUACGAUUACAGUGAAAACUCCAAAAGAAAAACAACAAGUGGAGAUAGAAGAGGAUGCAGACAUAAAAAAAUUAAAAGAUGUAUUGUCACCAAAAUUCAAUGCCGAACCGGAACAACUAUGUCUCAUCUUUGCCGGAAAGAUAAUGAACGAUGCUGACACUUUGAAGCAGCACAAUAUCAAGGAUGGUUUGACAGUUCAUCUUGUGAUCAAGACGCCUCCAAGGCCUGAGCCAGAAGGUGCUGCUCGCCGUCCACCAGCUGAUAUUGGUGCUACACCUUUUGGACUAAAUUCAUUGGGUGGUCUUGCUGGUCUGGAAAGUUUGGGUCUUGGACAAAGUACAUUUAUGGAUUUACAGGCUCGAAUGCAACAGGAGCUUCUAUCAAACCCAGAGAUGUUACGGCAAGUCUUAGAUAAUCCACUCGUGCAGCAGAUGAUGAAUGAUCCAGAAAACAUGAGGACACUUAUCACAUCCAAUCCACAAAUGCAGGAUCUCAUGGCGAGAAAUCCAGAAAUUAGUCAUAUGCUAAACAACCCAGAGCUGUUGCGUCAGACUAUGGAAUUAGCACGUAAUCCUGCCAUGCUGCAAGAACUUAUGCGGUCACAUGAUCGUGCACUGUCCAAUCUUGAGAGUAUACCUGGUGGUUACAAUGCUCUACAGAGAAUGUACAGAGACAUUCAAGAACCGAUGUUGAAUGUCGCCAGUAGUAUGGCAGGAAAUCCUUUUUCAGGACUAGUGGAUAAUUCAGAUGGUACAAACCCACAACAAGGGGCAGAAAACCGGCAACCAUUGCCGAACCCAUGGCAACGUGGGGGCGGGGGCGGAGGAACUGGUACAACGGGGAGUAGCGCCGCGGGCACAGGGCCUGGCCUCAUCAACACGCCGGGCAUGCAGUCACUGCUGCAGCAGAUGUCAGAAAACCCGCGCCUCAUGCAGUCCAUGUUGUCUGCGCCAUACACCAAUGACAUGCUGCAAGCACUCUCUGCCAAUCCGGAAAUGGCUGCGCAGCUUAUUAAUCAAAAUCCAAUGUUUGCCAACAAUCCCCAACUGCAAGAUCAAAUUCGUACUAUGAUGCCACAAAUGCUCGCCCAACUACAGAACCCUGAGAUGCAGCAAAUGAUGUCUAACCCACAGGCCCUGAACGCGUUGCUUCAAAUACAACAAGGAAUGGAGCAGCUGCGCACGGCGGCGCCCAGCCUCGUGAACAACCUGGGGCUGGGCGUGGGCACCGCCACCGCCACGCCGCCCGCCCAGUCCGCACCUCCCACGCAGCCCGCACAAACCCCGCAGAACAAUACUCAAGCGCGUCAACAACAGAACUCCGAGCUAUUCACGCAGUUUAUGCAGCGAAUGGUGGCAGCGAUGGCGAACAACCAGAACAACUCGUCACAACCACCAGAACAGCGCUACUCUCAACAGCUAGAACAGCUCGCCGCAAUGGGUUUCCUAAACCGCGAGGCCAAUUUGCAAGCACUUAUCGCGACCUUCGGCGACGUAAACGCGGCCGUAGAGAGGCUACUGGCUCUGGGCCAACUGUCCAUGAGCUAACACUCGCGCACCUCAUAACUUGCAUCCCCACACCGUGGCUACUACUCGCUUGCGACACCUACCCUGUUCCCUUACAUCGACUCUAUUCCUGUAUAAACAAACAUUAAUAACUUAUUUACAUGCAAGGUCAGAACUAUUGUCAAUGAACAAAUGUCUCUAUCUGAUCUAUAACAGUAUCCAUUUAAUAAGACAUUCCAUAUGCCAAAUAUACAGGGGUGUUACUCAUUUUUUUGUUGUUAUAUAAACGUAGGAUUAUCAAAUGUCAUUAAAUUUGUCUGAUUAAAAAGCAUCGAUUCAUUCUAAUGUUGCAUGUGUAAAGAUAAUUUUACGCACGUGCUUAUUUAAGCAAACGACUAAUUAUAAAAAAAAAAAAAAACUUUUAAUUAAUUUCGCAUCAAAUAAAUACAUUUUAUUUAUUUGAUGGGAGUUAAAUUAUAACUUAUGUUCAUUUUUUAAUGAUUACACAUAUGUAACGGGAUUUACUAUUUUUGUCGUUUCCGAUAAUUAUUUUGACUUCAUCCGGAAAUAUUCAGAGGACAUACAGCGCUUUAACGGAAUGAAGGCGCCCGUACAGACUUCUUUAUGGAUUCUGUGAGCUGUAGCCCUCAGUGCAAGACGAGAUGCAGCGACGCAAAACCCCAUACGCCUGAAGAAGACUUGCGGCUUAUGUCGAAACAAUUAUCGGAAACUACAAACAGUAAGUUAAUAAAAUUUCCUGUUAUGUAUUUAUAUAAACCAAUUAAAUGUUAAAGGUCAGAUAAGACUUGCCAGAGUUGUUUGUUCUUAAACAAUAUUGAAUAUCUCUAAAUUAAAUGUUCAAUUCAUUUCUACAAGUAAAAUUACGGGUAAGUAACAAAUUGAAACUGUGUCCCAAGCCCCAAUAUUUAUGUACAGUCUGACGUUUAGUUCACAUUAGUGGCGGAAUACUACAGCAGGGGGUUAGAAUAUCCUAUAAUCAUUAUUGUGCAGGAUUAUACUACGAUAAAGCCUUCAUUUAAUAACAUAUAGAUGAUAGAUAUUGUCACCAGACCUUAUAGAAACAUAAACAUUCUGUUAUCAAUGCUGUUAGAGGAAAAAUAUAUAGGAUUAACAUAAGCUUACGGGUGUAGUGGUAGACUAGAUACCACCAUACUAUGUUAUUAUUUGUAAAUUUAUGUCAAUCCUUUCGGUCCAGUCAAAAAUUAGUUCAGACUCCUUCAUCAAUCGUUAUACUAUGCGUAUUUAACUAGACCUUGCCCAAAUGUCUGAUGUCCACCGUAGGAUGUACUUACAUGUGGGAGUACAAAUGAGCUGUUUUUUUAACGAGUCUGGCUCCGCUAAACAAUAAAUACGCCGAUAGUAUACUAUAUAUUCAGCCAUUUAAUCAUGCUCAUAACUGUAGCAAAACUGACAGCAAAACCUAUCGUCUUAUGAUUGUCUAAUUAUUUAUCUAAAUCUGUUAAUCUUCAGUCCGCCUGUGGUCCACAGAUAAUUUUUUUUAAAAAAGAAUAUGCGAGGUUAAUUGGUUGCCUUUAUUAAGUCACACGCCUUACAAAAUUCUUUAUCCUCGUCACAAUAAGAUGGAAAUAUUAUUGUAACUUUUUUUAUAUUUAAAGUUACAAGACUUGUAACUGAAAUAUGCUUUUUUAUGUACUCAAUAUAUUUCAUUAUAGCUUAUAUAAUAUAUUAGAAAAGAAAAUCAAUAGACAGUAUAAACGAUGUUAGCAAUUAGAAUUCUUAAAUUAGCAUAAAUAUUAUUUAAUGUCAACUAAAUUAAAUAAAUUAUCAGUACAGUUGCUAUAAUAACGCAGUUAAUUUGCAAUUAUAAAGUGGGUGAGUAGCCAAACUACAAAAAGAAGUCAGAAUUGAAAUAUGCCAGAUAUUUUUUUCUGACCAUUGUGAACAUCGCGUAAUUAUUAAUGCGAGUGUAUAAGUCUAACAUUUUACAAAUAAAUUUCAUUCCUUCUUGUUUUAGAUAUGUACUACUAUAUGAAAUUAAAAUUUAUUUUUUAACUAUAUUAUUAUUAAACAAAUCGGGCAUAAAAUUCAUCUUGUGUAUUUACUACUGUAAAGAAUUAUAUUGAUAUAAUUGUAGGAUUAUUUUGUUUACAACGUCAACACCAUUAUAGUUUAUCGUUUGCGUAAAACGUAAUUAGUGUUCUACGUAAUAAUGAGAAAUGGGCAUAAGUGAUAAGGUUUUGACCUUAUUAUGCAAGUGUUUGUACCAACUAUGCGAUGUGAUAAUAAAUUACGUGUAUCUGUCAGGAGCAAACAUUAUUAAAUCACUGACAUUCGUUUUGAUCCUCUGAUCCAUAUUGUCAACUUCUAUAUAUUUUACUUAAACUCAUAUUAUAAAAAGGGAAAAUUUCGGAAAAAUUGAGAUCAACCCGUGCAAAGCCGGGACGGAUCGCUAGUCCAAUAUAUAUAGUAUAAAUUUUUUCACCUUGGUAUUUUGAGGAUAUAUUAUUCUAUUUUUAUACUAUACAGUAAUCUCCCUAUAACACGGGUAUUCCUCCAUAUAACGCGGGGAGUGAAUAUUCUAUUAAAAAAAUAUGUCGGUGCAACGUUAUUUCAGAUGGCUCCAACAGUAAAUAAACAUGUAAUAAAACUGUUAAUUUAUUUGAAAUUAACUGUUUUUUUAGUUACAUACGCAUAAGGUUUUUUUAUUUAAAAUGUUCUUAGUUUGAUUUUAAUAAAACACAUACAUAUUUCGUUCGUAACAUAGUUUUUUCUUAAUAUUCAAUAUGAACCCCCUUAACGUGAAAAGUUAAACGUGAAUCAUUUGUUCAUAAUGUGUUAUACGGGAUCGUACAAGCGUGUUAUACGAGAAUAUUUCUACAAUGCAUUUUUCUAUAACGUGGAACGAAUCUACCGUGUGAUAGGGGGGAAUACUGUACUGUGUUAUUUGUUCUAUAAAAUUCUCUCAAACAAAGAGAUCAUACCUUCUUAUGAGUAAUGUUUUAUUUUUCUUAAUAAUCAUAAAAACUCAUAAUCUCUUAUUAGAGAUAAGCUCGCCUUUGUACAUUAUGUUUAUAAUGAAUUGUAAUUACCAGUAUGUUUUGUGUACAAUAAAGAAUAAAGAAUUUUGUAAUAGAUUACAGUAUGUAAUAGAUAAAGAACUAAAAUAUUAAUAAUUUUUAUGUACAAACACUUGUUUAAUAAAACAAUAUUAUAAUAUUAUAAUCGAUCAUUAUGUAUUUAGUUACGUACAUAAUAGGUACUUGCGGUUUGCAAAGAAAGACAUCAUUAAAGAACAUGUCUGUCAUUAAACCAUGUUUAGAGUAGUAAUAUUUCUUGUAUAAAAGGAAGAUUAUAUAUUACACCAAUUUUCUUUUUUUAAUUAAUUGUAUAGAUGAGAGUUCUGUUAUGUCAAAACUGAUUAUUCACAUUUAGUAUUUGCAGUUAAUUAUUAAACACGCAAAAUUUUAAGCGUUACGCAAACGAUUUUAAUAUAAUGUAAAUAUAUUUCAUUUGAAAAAAAAAUUGUAAUUUCUGUUACAGAUACGUCUGUAAAUGUCGAAAAAUGGUGUCCAUAACGAUUGUAUAGUUUAUAUAUAAAUAGGCUUGGUUAACUGUAUGGGUGCGUCACAAAUACGUAAGGGAGCAAUUAUAAAAUUAUCAACGUAAUGGGACAGAUCAGCAGCGCAUUUGAUAACCUAUGUGUAUAAGCUGGAAACGAACUUUUACCUUCACAUCUAUUUUAACGGGUAAUAUGUAUAACAGGAAUUUUUUGAUGUUUUCGAUAAUUGUUUCUACUUCAUCCUGAAGUCUUCAGGGCGACGUAGCGACUCGCCUCGCACUGCGGGCUGCUGCUCGGAUGAGGUCGAAACAAUGGUCGUAAACGACUGUAUAUUCAUAAAAUUCCCGUUACAUAUAUAUAGACAUCGCUAAAAAAUAAACAUGAGUUUUAAAAAUAUUUUGUUAUUAUGUUUUGUUUAUUAUGUUUCACUUUUUCAAAUUGAAAGUUAAGUGAAAAAGACAAAAGAAUUCAUUAAAAUAGGUUUGCUAUUAUAUAUUAAAUUAAUUUGACGUUUUUGAAGUGAAUAAAGGGGUAAGGAUAUAAGUCUGGAUCUAUUGCGAAAAAUAAACGAUAUCAAUGUUUAUCGUUCAUCUUGAUGAUUAACCUUGAACAUAAUGUGACAUAAGUGUACGUUCAGUACAAUAUAAGGUCCGGCGAAAUAGAAAAAACAAGCCUAAUAUUAUUUUUUUUCUUAUUCACAUAGUUUUUUUAUAUCAUGCUUUAGGAUUGUAUAAAAAUGUUGAACAAGUGAAUAACUGAACAUUCGCGACAGUUAGACAUACUAUUUGGUUCGAAUAGCUUGUUAUGGUUCAGCGCAGACUAACGGACUGACGGCGAAUAAACAUAUUAUUUUGUUAUCAGUGAAAGUCAACUUUAGCAUAGCAAAAACGACGACACUCGGUACCGAUUGGAGGCGUGGCGGCUUUGUGAUGCCCACUCGUCUCAACGAGUUUUGCAUUCAAUAACUUCUCUUUCACGUCAACUCUGUUAAAUCUGCGCAGACUCUAAUUGCUUACUGAUAGAAAUGUCCGUCCUCAUCAUUACUAUAAUAAUUUACCCUUUAUUUUAUGUAAAAUUGUGCCUGAACUAAAUUUUAUAUCAGUGUCAUGAAGUUUUCGUGAUCAGGGUACUAAAUUGUACUACAAUAAUUGUACUGUUUAUGUCAUAGAAAUAUUUAGUUUGAUUAGCUAUCGUGGUUCACAAACAUUGCAUGCAACUGACGGGCACUGCUUUUACAAUAUAAUACGAGCAAUCACUCGCGAUGUGAUCCUUACACUUUAUUAUAUGUACCUAAAUAUGUACUUUUAUGUCUUGUCAUAAGAAGAAUACACUACAUUCUGUUCUGUAAGCCUUGUUUACGGAAAUCAGAAGCUUAGCACGCUAUUUAAUCUCUAGGGGCAUAUUUGACAGUGCAUAUAUGAUUUAAGCCAUUUGACCAUUUAUGGUGCCACUUACGAGCCUCUGUAUAAACAAACAUAAUCCUCACGCAGCACAGAUUCAUCUAUAUUCGUAAAUGAGGCGGUAGAACUAUAAACAUGUAGCCAAAUUUAUUCAAUUGUGUUACAAAUCAUAUAAUAGAUAAGAAAGCAUACAAAUUUUGGGACAACAUUGAACAUAGAGAUGUUACUAGGGUCAAUCGCUGUAACAUCGGUUCCUCAGUAACGCGCACUUGCAUUUUAUAAUCCUAUAUCGGUUUUAAGUUGUGGUGGUGAAACUAUUUGAAUGUAUAACUUGUUUGUAGUUUAUUGUAGUGGUUUUAUAGUGAAUUCAUUAAAUUUAAGUUGUAAAAUAUCAAGGACUGCUGUUGCUCAGUUUUAUAGGAAAGUUUUGUUGAUUUUGCCCAGAAAUGAAAAAAAAAAAAGAAUCACGGUUUAUUUAUUGAUAUUUUAAUCUUAAAAUCUAGUAAAAUAUAUAGCUAACUUAUUAUAUGGAAAUCCUUCAUGUUAGUUUUUCUAUGUUUCCUUUCUCGUUUUAUAUAUUUAUAUAAUUUCAGUUAACUAAAGAUUACACGUAAUGUUUGUAAAAAUGUAAAGCGUGUACUCUGUGAUGUAUUCUAGACUGCUAGAAUUGUCUUAAAUCGUAUGAAUCUGGGUGAAGCAUUGAUAUGUGACCGAAUGCAAUUAUUAUAAAUAAAUAUAAAUUA